AUGAAUGUCCCAGUUGCUUCAUCGAAAUCAUUUAUGAAAGCAAGCUCAAGGCAAGAUUUUAUUAAAUUACCAUUGCAACAAGUAAAGAAAAUCGAUAGAUGGGAUUCGUUGAGAGGUUCCACAUCGGAUACAUUUACAGAAGAGAAUUUUGGUCCUUUGUCGAAUGUAAGAUUUGCUGUCUUUGCCUUGGGAUCAUCGGCUUAUCCAAAUUUCUGUGCUUUUGGACAAUAUAUCGACAAUAUUUUAGGCGAAUUGGGAGGUGAACGUUUGCUAAAGAUUUCAUAUGGCGAUGAAAUGUGCGGUCAAGAACAAUCAUUUCGCAAGUGGGCUCCAGAAGUCUUUAAGGUGGCAUGUGAAACAUUUUGUUUGGAUCCAGAAGAAAGUCUUUCGGAUGCCUCAAUGGCUUUACAAAAUGAUUCUUUAACUGUUAAUACAGUACGUUUGGUGCCCGCUAAGGGUAAGGGAACAUUGGAACAAUUAUUAUCGAAAUAUCAUAAUAAAAAGGUGACUUGCUGUCAAAUUAAGAAACAACCACUUAACCUCACCAGUAUGGCAAGUGAUGAGAAGACUACAAUAUUAUUGGAAAUAACAGCUCCUGGUAUAGAUUAUGAGCCCGGAGAUCAUGUGGGUAUAUUUCCGGCUAAUAGACCGGAAAUUGUGGAUGGUUUAUUGAAACGUUUGACUGGUUUCGAGGAUCCAGAUGAAGUUUUGCAAUUGCAAUUGUUAAAGGAGAAACAAACAUCAAAUGGUAUUUUCAAGUGUUGGGAAUCACAUGACAAAAUACCAGCAGAAAGUUUAAGAACUCUUUUAACUAGAUUUUUUGAUAUAACAACGCCACCCUCGAGGCAAAUGUUGACUUUAUUGUCGGGUUUUUGUGAAGACAAUGUGGAUAAGGAACGACUACAGUUGCUGGUCAACGAUUCGUCGGCCUAUGAAGAUUGGCGCCAUUGGCGUUUACCACAUUUACUAGAUGUUCUCGAAGAGUUUCCCUCUUGUAAGCCACCGGCCUCUUUAGUGUUGGCAAAUUUAAUGCCUUUGCAAUCGAGAUUUUAUUCAAUAUCCUCUUCACCGCGUAAGGUUAACAAUGAAAUACAUUUGACCGUGGCCAUAGUUAGAUAUCGCUGUGAGGAUGGUGUAGGUGAUGAACGUUUUGGUGUUUGUUCCAAUUAUAUGGCUGCUCUUAAGGCUCAAGAUGAUUUGUUUAUAUUUGUGCGCAGUGCUCCUGGUUUUCAUUUACCCUCGGAUACUUCCAGACCUAUAGUUUUGAUAGGUCCUGGUACGGGUAUAGCACCAUUCCGUUCAUUUUGGCAGGAAUUUGAAAUGAUGCGUGAAAUGCAUGGAGAUUGUCAAUUACCUAAAGUUUGGUUAUUUUUUGGUUGUCGCAAUAAGAAUGUGGAUUUGUAUGCCGAUGAAAAAGAGCGUUUGGUCAAGGAGAAAAUAUUGGAUAGAGUAUUUUUAGCUUUGUCUAGGGAGCCAAAUAUACCAAAGACUUAUGUCCAAGAUUUGAUUGAGCAAGAAUUCGAUUCAUUGUACAAUUUGAUUGUUGAGGAACGUGGUCACAUUUAUGUGUGUGGUGAUGUCACAAUGGCGGAACAUGUCUAUCAAACUAUAAGGUAA